AAUGGUUAUAAAUAUCGAUAUUUAUUAUUAGUGCUACAAAGAGUUGUACAAAUUCAAAAUGAAUUCAGUUUUUGUUUUCAUUGCUCUACUUGGUUUAUCAUUUGGUUUACCUGGAGGUAAAGUAGAACUCUCAAAAGAUCAAAUUAAAGGACUUUUGUCUGAAAACGGUGCAUUUUCUACAGGUUUAAAUGUUGCCAUUGGAAAGCUCAACGAUGGAAAUGGUGAAUUCCGUACUGUGAGAGACGAGGUUCUUGGAGCGACUUCGCAAGUUGUUGCUGGUAUACUCUAUGAAGUUGAUAUUAAAGUAGUUGAAUCAGUGUGUGCAAAUUUGGAGAUUAAUGCAAGUAUGAUGACAACAAAUGAAUGCCCCGCAAAAAAUAAAUCUGAAGCAAAGACUUGUAAAGUAACUAUAUUGUCUCGUCCUUGGUUUGAAACUGCAGAUUCAUUAAUUGUAAACAUUGCGUGUUAAUCAUUAAUGUAAAAAUUUAAAUUUAAAAAACAAA